AUGAAGGCGGACGAGUCGACCCCGACACCGACCCCAACACCGCAGACGCCCGCGCCCGUUGUUCAGACGUACACCUCCCAAUGGGCCUCUACACCGAUCCAGCAGCCCGGGCAGCACCCAACGGCAUCUUACUACCAACCGUAUACAUCGCACUACCCACAGGCUGCAUAUGCCACCCACUACCAGGCCUACGCUCCACCACAGACGCCCACUGCCACCACGUCCACAACACAGCAGCAGCAGGCCGCUGCUGCGCGCCCGACGACGACGACACCUGCACCGACAGCUGCAUACCAGACGAGCACGUACAAUCUUAGCACGGCUGCCGCGAACACGACGACAACUGCCAAUGCUGCGAGCAGUAGCAGUAAUAAUAACAGUGGCGGUAUGGAUACGGCGGAUGUCGCUACGCUCAACGAUGCCCUGGGAAGUGCAGGCGUCGAUCUUCGCGCCGAGGAAGAAUCCCUUCAACGUUCCUCCGACCUCUCUCACCCACUCACAUCCUCACUGCACCAUUCCCACAGCUACCACCGUCCAUACGAAGACCGCACCCGCAAGGCUCCCCAACCACCGCACUGCUUCCCGACACAUGUGAUCGGUCCAACCAUGCGCACCGUCGCGACGAACCACAAAGUCACCCGCGUCACCGACGACGCCGUCAACUACCUCGCCCUCGCCCUUCGCGCGCGCAUACACGACCUCAUCAAGGGCAUGGUCGCCGCCGCGCGCCACCGCACAGAUGCCCAAUUCGACCGCCCCGCACACUUUUACGGCGACGAAAACGCAGUCGAUCCCGCCGCUACCGCUGCAUCUACAUCUGCAACAGCAGUCAUCAAAAUUGAAGUCGACGGCGAGCUCGUCCCGGCGCCCGCGUCCGACAAGCCAAAAGACCGCACACCGAUGUGGAGCAUCGUCAUCCGCAAAGACAUAUCCAAGCAGCUCGCCGCGCUCGAGAAGAUCGAGCGCGAGGAAGAGCUUCGCGCGCGGAAGGAAAGGAAAGAGCGCGCAGAGCUCACCGCUGCACAUGCCGCCGCGCUCGCCGCACAAGCAUCAGGUAUGGCAUCUGGCUCAACAGCAUACGGUGCAGGCGCCGCCGGCGGGGCCGCUGGCUCCUCUGCCGCUGGUGCUGGUGCUGCAGGUGGGGACGGAGACGACGGCGAUGGAGGCGCGAAUCCCAAAAAGAAGCGUAAGAAGGAUGGUCCGGGUGUGACGGCGCGCAACAUGUCCGAAGACGUGCGCAAGAAGAUGUCUAAUGCGGUCGCGAGUCAGGCUGCGGGGCUCGGUGGACGGUAUAGCUGGAUGACGGCCGCGAAUGCGGGCGCGGCUGCGACGCCCGUUAAGCCCAAGCCCGCUACUACUACUACUACUACUCCUAGUGCUACUACCACUCCUGCACCUACAGGGACGUCGGGCGGUGAUGCAGCCGCAGCUGGCACUGGCACGGGUUCAACGGGGACGGCGGCGGCAGCAGCAACGACACCUACAUCCUCCUGGGCACGGCCCUACAUCCCGACCAAAAAACCCGGGUUCUCUUCUUCGCUCGCGUCCUCUGGCACUACCAAUGGCACGGCGAACGGCACGGGUGGCAAAGAGGGCGAAGGCGACGCGGAGAGCAAGAAAAUAUCUGUCACAAUGCGAGAUGCCAUGUUUGUCGUUGAGAAGGAAAGAGGCCACGGGGCGGGGAGGGGUGCCGCCCGUGGGUGGGUGUAG